AUGUCUCAUGCAGAUAUUGAAGAAUGCGAGUCUAGUCUCGUUGCAGUUUGCCCUUGGCAUAGAUACGACUUUGACCUUCGCACUGGCAAUAGCGAAACUGGUCUCAAAGCUUGCACAUACGCCAUCGAAGUCAAGAACGAUCCUUCAGAUGGCAUAGAUAAAGUUUGGGUGGAGGCACCAGAAGGGGGAACUAACUGGCGUAUUGUCGAGCUGAGGCCUGUAUCUGAAGAAUUCGCAGAUCCUCCUCCCAUUUCAGCAGAUCCAGAUCCGCUGGUCAACCAAGCUGCAUCAAUUUCUCCUAUCGAGGAGGACGUGGUUCCUGUAAAAGACGCGCCAACUACGUUGAUGCAAUGGGCAGUUCUCAUUCUGAACACCGCCAACCCCACCUUGAAGGUUCAGCGCACUAAACAUGCUGUUCAUUUGUUUCGAACAGGUAAACUAUCAUCCAUUGGUAACAAGUCCCCCACGGCACCGAAACCACCAGCGGUUCCUCCAAGAGAAGACAGUUAUACUCGAAACAUCGUCGAUCCUAGAAAAUCAGGAAAAAAGAAAAAUGCAGCUGUCAUGCUUCAUGCUUUGGCAAAUAUCGAACAGUGGGCCAUCGAUCUGGCCUGGGAUAUAAUCGCGCGGUUUGGGCCAUCUCACCCCGAUAUACCACAUGCCUUUUUCUCUGAUUUUACUAAAAUGGCCCUCGAUGAAUCCAAGCAUUUCACUUUACUCACCUCUCGACUACUUGCUACGUCUCCAAACACCCCGUACGGCAGUCUUCCGGUGCAUGCAGGUCUUUGGGAGUCUGCCACAAUAACUGCGCACUCGCUGCGGGCUCGCCUUGCAAUUAUUCACCUCGUACACGAGGCCCGUGGACUGGACGUAAACCCAGGGACAAUUGAUCGCUUCCGCCGCACAGGAGACAAGGAAAGUGUAGCAGCCCUGGAAGUAAUACACGCGGAUGAAGUAACCCAUGUGACAUCUGGGCAUCGAUGGUUUACAUGGAUCUGUGAGCAGCAAGGAGUAGACGCUGUAAGUACGUUCAGAGAAGAAGUAAGGAGGGGUUGGAGAGGAGAUAUCAAAGGCCCUUUUAAUGCGGAAGCGAGAGAAACAGCAGGUAUGACGAGAGAAUACUAUGAAGGUUUGAGAGGGGAGAUGGAUUUUGUCGACAAGAGGACUGAUGCCAGUGCCACGGUGGAUCAUGAUGAAAGUAUGGCGCCUGCAAGUGUACGGGUGGAGUACGAGGGCUGA